AUGGAGGGAUCCAGCCCUGGCCAGGAAACCAUGCUGACUGACAUGGAGCCCUCCAACACCGUCAAACUGCUGCACCUGGUUUUCCUCUCCACCUCCUGGGGAAUGCAGAUCUGGGUGACCUUUGUGGCUGGGUUCGUGAUGGGCAGCCGCCUCCCUCGCCACACCUAUGGCUUCAUCCAGCAGGAGCUCUUCCCCUACUACUUCCACAUCGGCUCCGCUUGUGCCUUCCUCAACCUGACUCUAUUUGCCAUGUACCACCCCAGCGAGCUGCUCAGCGAUGAACAAACGACCCAGAUCUUCGUCUUCUUUGUUUGCGUUGCUGCUUCUGUGCUGAACACACAGUGGUUCGGGCAGGUCACCUCCGACAUCGUGGCAGACAUGCACCUCGUCGAGCGCAGCCAUGGCCUCGGCCAGGAGGUCGGGCUGUUUGCCAGCAAGUCCUGCAGGCAGCUGCGUGCCUCCAACCCCAGCUACGGGCAGCUGUCCCGGCAGCUCACGCUCUACCGGGCUCUGUCCUCCCUCUGCAACCUCUGCUGCAUCGCGUGCAACGGCUUGAGCUUGUACUACUUGGCUGCCCGUCUCUCUGCCCUGUGA